AAACAAAAAAUGAUGGGCUAUAGUAACUUUACGAAGGCAGAAGAGAAAAGAGCCCAAAGCAGAAGAAAGAGGUCAAUGGAAGAUUAAGAGCCAAAAACUCCAUCACCUUCUUUCUUUCACCCUUUCAAAACCCUCAACCUUAAUUUUUUUUUUAUUUUUUUAAAUAAAUUGUUAGGUUUCCUUCUACCCCAUAAUUUCCCACUAAAAAAAGAGAUAAAUUAGACCCAGAUUUAGUGUUUUGGGUUUUGAACUCUAGACCCAGAUAUGGAAGUCGAUUCAGAAUCAAAUCACUUCACAGAUUUCAGAAGCCUGGAUAGUAAUCCAAAUAGUGGAGAAUGUAUGAAUCCAAUGGUAGUAAAUGCCUUCCCAAUCGGCGUAAUCCACAGUGGUGGUAGUGUAGAAGGUGAAGGAGAGUUGAGAAUGGAACCAUCUGUCGGUUUGGAGUUUGAUUCGGCGGACGAGGCACGCGAGUUCUACGGUCUGUAUGCAAUGCGUGUCGGGUUUAAAAUCCGAACUGGUCAGUUGUAUCGGUCGAGGAGAGAUGGGUCGGUUUCUUCGAGAAGAUUUGUUUGCUCAAAGGAAGGGUUUCAGCUGAAUUCGAGGACGGGUUGUCCUGCUUUCAUUAGGGUGCAAAGGCGUGAUUCUGGGAAGUGGGCUAUUGACCAAAUUCAGAAGGAUCAUAAUCAUGAACUCGGGAUUGAAGGGGAAUGCAGCUCGCCCGUCUUGCAGCAGGGACCUCCUGUUGUUACGAAAUCUUUGGUUGAAGUGUUGCGCAGGCCGAAAGUCAAAUUGCUGGGGCAAAUAGAUAAUGGAGUAUUGUCUCCAUCGGGUAUCAUAAAUUUCAAAAAGCAAAAACGAGGUGGAGAUGGAAGACAAUCUAUAGCUGAACCAUAUUCAGGUCUAGAGUUCAAUACAGCUAAUGAAGCAUACGAAUAUUAUCAAGCAUAUGCUGAAAGUGUUGGGUUUCGAGUUCGGAUUGGGCAGUUGUUUCGCUCAAAGAAUGAUGGGUCAAUUACUUCCCGAAGAUUUGUGUGCUCAAAAGAAGGUUUCCAGCACCCCUCGAGAGUAGGUUGUGGGGCAUUUAUGAGGAUUAAGAGGAAAGACUUGGGAAGUUGGAUGGUAGAUCGUCUUAAUAAAGAUCAUAAUCAUGAUCUCGAAGUGCAAAUGGUGUAUGACAAAAAAUUUUCCACCUCUUUGAAGAAAUUUAUAGAGGAAGAAACCGAUGCCGUGUUCUCUAUGGAUCUCAGUGAAAUGAAUAACGGAAAGAUUACCAAAAGAAGCCCAGAGAACAAAAUCGGAACUGAUUGGUACCCUGUACUUUUAGAGUAUUUUCAAACCAGACAAGCAGAAGAAACCGGAUUCUUUUAUUCAGUGGAGGUUGACAAUGGUAGUUGCCGAAGUGUCUUUUGGGCGGAUGGCAGAUCUAGAUAUUCAUGCAGUCAAUUUGGUGAUGUUGUUAUUUUCGAUACUUCGUACAGGAAAAGUAACUAUGUGGUGCCAUUUGCCACAUUCGUUGGAGUAAACCAUCACAAGCAGCCAGUGCUUCUUGGAUCUGCUUUGAUUGCUAAUGAAUCGAAGGAGUGUUUUACUUGGUUGUUUCAAACAUGGUUUAAGGCAAUGUCUCGGUACCGACCUAAGUCGAUUAUUGCCGAUCAAGACAUGGCCAUCCAGCAAGCAAUAACUGAAGUCUUUCCUGGCACUCAUCAUCGUUUUUCAUCAUGGCAGAUUAGAGCCAAGGAGCGGGAGAAUCUGCGGUCAAUGCCUAUUGAGUUUAGGUACGAGUAUGAAAAGUGCAUUUACGAAAGUCAGACAACCAUCGAGUUCAACACCACAUGGAAUUCACUUAUAAAUAAAUACAGCUUGAAGGGAAAUGUUUGGUUACAACACAUGUACGAUAAACGUGAAAGUUGGGUUCCGUUGUAUUUACGGGGAAAGUUUUUCGCCGGCAUCCCUAUAGGUGAAAGCGUUGAAUCAUUCUUUGGUACACUGGUAAAUGGCCAAACGCCACUAAGGGAGUUCAUUCCCCAAUACGAACAAGGACUCGAGCAACGACGCGAGGAGGAAAGGAAAGAAGAUUUCAAUUCUUUCAAUUUGCAGGCCUUUUCGCAAACAAAAGAAGCAAUAGAAGAACAGUGUAGACGGCUCUAUACUUUCUAUAUCUUACCCCGGUGGUUGAGAAACGCCGAGUACCGCAUCCUAUGCGGUGCCGAGUCGAGGGUAAGCUCACAAGAACUAAAGGCCUUGAUGGUUUGGAGUUUGAGAGAAACAGCUUGUAAAUAUGUAGAAUGUGGGACAACAUCUGUAGAAAAAUUUAAACUUGCAUACGAGAUUAUGCGUGAAGGUGGGAAAAAACUUCAUUGA